AUGCUUACACGUGGCGACGAUGCUAUUCUUUUGCCACCACGGCUAAGGCUUUAUAUACAAUAUGAUUUGUUGUUGCUUGAGAAUCAAGUCCCAUUCUUUGUUCUUGACAAGCUUUACAAUCUGGUUUUUCCUUCUACCUUCAUUGGUGGGAGCGAGAGCCAGAGCCACGACAGGCAUCCUUCGUUGUUAAGUCUCGCUCUUUAUCAUAUAGUUCCUGGUAGAAUAAUCUUUCCUGGUGAUUUUAAGGGUGACUUAUCAGUAUCCAAUGUUGGUGGAAUAGCUCAUUUCACAGAUCUUUCUAGAAAGCUUCUAUUAUUGUCCUGUAACUUAUCAAUCUCUAGAUGUUCAAGAGAAGCACAGAUAGUGCAAAUUUAUAGUGCAACUGAUUUGAAGGAAGCAGGAGUGAAGUUUGAGGUAAAGAAAGCUAGUCAAUGCUUACUAGACUUGCAACUUUUUGGUCAUACUUUGAGAAUUCCAUUCUUUAGAGUGGAGGAUACUACUGAAGUUGUUUUGAGAAAUUUGUUAGCUUUCGAGCAAUGCCAUUGUAUCAAUGAAUCCUAUCUCGCUGACUAUAUCGUUGUCUUGGAUUUUCUUAUCAACACGGACAAAGAUGUGGAUUUGCUGAUUAAGAAAGGAAUAAUUGAGAAUUGGUUAGGUGAUAGCAAUGCAGUGGCUAAACUGUUCAAUGGCCUUGCAGUGAACAUUUUGACUCCAGAUUUUAAUGAGAAAUAUUCCCAUAUUUUUCAAAGGUUGAAUGCUUUUUGUGCACGCCCUUGGAACAAAAAAGUUGCGACUUUGAGGCGCGAUUAUUGCAACACUCCAUGGAAGACGGUAGUUUCCAUUGCUGGAAUUUUUCUGCUUGUUCUCACUGUUGUUCAGACAGUAUUUUCUAUUCUCCAAGGAGUACACUAG